AUGAGUGGACUCAGCUUGCGCUCGCUGCGCCGCUCUGCAGUCCCUCCACUGUUCAGGGCUGCCAGAAGUGCUACUAGCGGAAAGCAAGGAGCUGCGUCCAGCUCACUACAGCGCUUCGACACACGAUGGCAUCUCGAUCCACCACGUGCAUCCUGCUGGACAGCCGCAUCAAUAUCGAGGUCACAUGGCUCGAAGUCGUCUUCUUCUCGAUCCAUAGCGCGCAAGUACGCCACCAAGGCUUUUCAAGCGUCUGAGAAUCAUGUCUCUGAGCCUUCUCUGGAUAUCGACCGUGAGCCGGUGGUACGACUGGCGCAGCUCAGAAUAGAAAAGCGCCAACGUCUGCUAGAGCUGACGGAUGGUGUCGAUAGUGCAGACAUAGGCAAGCAGCUGAAGGAGCUCGAUCCAUUACGACAGGCCUGGGACAAGUUCUCGGCCAAACGCAAGCAGCUCAUCAGCACAAUAUCUAUCAGCCAAAACGAUCCUGAUGAGGACAUGCGCGCGCUAGCAUCUGAAGAGAUCCUACUUUUGGAAGAAGAGCUUUUGGAAUUGCGAUCAGACAUGCAAGAGCUCAUUCUGGAAUCCGUCACUGAUCCGAUCGAGGCAAAGGCGGUUGGCGCCGUGCUAGAAGUCCGACCCGGCGUUGGAGGUCAAGAGUCGACCUUGUUCACAGCGGAAGUGGCUCGGAUGUACCAACGUUUCUGCGAGCAGAAACCAGUCGAGGAAGAUGGGUCUGGCGAAUGGCAGGUAGAGAUGCUGUCGAGCACAAGCGUCGACGUGUCAACAUCUUCAUCUGGAUCCGGUUCAGGGCUCAAGGAAGCCAUCAUCGAAGUCAAGGGGAAAGGCGUCUUCAAGAAACUCAAGUACGAAGCCGGCGUACAUCGUGUACAGCGUAUCCCAUCCACACAGAGCCUGGGCAAGCUUCAGACUUCGACCAUCGCAGUGAUGGUGCUGCCCAUCUCCGAAGGUUCCGAACACAAGGCCGACGAUCUUGUGGAUCCCAAAGACGUCAAGGUGGAGGUGAUGAGGUCAAGAGGUGCGGGAGGACAGCACGUCAAUAAGACCGAGUCGGCGAUCCGCCUGACGCACGAGCCGACGGGAAUCUCUGUAUCGAUGCAAGACAGCCGAUCACAGCACCAGAACCGUACCAAAGCUUGGGCGGUACUGCGUGCCAGACUGUUGGACCGUAGACUGAAACAAGAGGUUGAGGGCAAUCGGGAACGAAGGCUUGCUCAGGUAGCAAGUAUGGAUCGAAGUGAUCGCGUUCGCACCUACAACUUCCCGCAAGACCGCGUGACGGACCACCGCAUCAACCUAAGCUUGAACGGCAUUGAUGCCAUCAUGGAGGGAGAACACGACCCUGGUACCGGUCUGGAUUAUAUUAUGGAGAGUCUGCGCGUCGAAAGCGAAGCGCGCAAAGUCAAAGCGCUGCUCGAGAAUGAGGAAGCGGAAGCUGCUGAAGCUGCGUCUCCAGCUUCGAACAAAGGGCGAAGGUGA